CUGAUGCAAAGAUAGGGAGAAAAGUUCGUCUCGCUGCAAAUGGUCUGGAACCUCGAGACUUUCUUGUUAAAAUCAAUCAACAUUCAUGGCGUCGACUGAGAAAGAUGAUAUUGCUUUUGCAUUUGACGAUGAGAAGAUUAGUAGCCGUCAACAUGUAAAGAGACCAUGGAUUCUUUUCUUUCAUUACUUUUUUCGAGUGUCGGCCGUACUUGUCUAUCUGCUCUGUAGCUGGUUUAGUGAAAGUUUUAUAUCUGUUUUCAUCACAACCACUGUUCUUCAUGCUGUCGACUUCUGGGUGGUCAAGAAUAUUACAGGAAGGCUCUUGGUUCGUCUGCGUUGGUGGAACAAAGUGGAAGAUGAUGGCACUUCAAGGUGGCUGUUUGAGUCAGAAAAGGACAGAAGCAAGGUGUUAAAUUCUCAUUCCAGGAUCUUCUGGGUUGGCCUUUUACUCUUUCCACUGUUGUGGUUGCUUCUAUCUAUCAUAGCCUUAAUCAGAUUGAAAGGAGGAUACAUGACUUUGAGCAUCCUCGGUAUGAUCAUGACUGGAGCAAAUGCAUAUGGUUAUAUUCUCUGUAAGAAAGAUUCCGGCAAGAGUAUAGCUACUAUUGCAUCAGAAUUUCUGGGACGACAAGCUAUGAAACAGGCUUUUUCUCAGACAGCUAGACCAGAUAAAGAAGAUGGCUCUGUUGAUGACAACUGAGAUAGGGAACACACCACAGAGAAAAGAACUACUACACUACUAUUGAAUUCAUCAGUUGAUGACAUUGUGUCUGCUAGAAUUUAAGUACUCCACUCUGUAGUUUUUAUAGUAAUGACUUAUUGGAUUUGCCAAUAGAUAGACAAACAGUUAUCAAA